GUGAAAUUUCGUUGAGGGUUCCACAACAAUCGCUAGAUUUCAGGACAAUAUCUAAAUGCAUUAGAAGGACGGUAUUAAUGUUUACACAAGUUCAUUUUAUUUGAGUUUCCCGGUGCUAUUAUUAAUAUGUAUAAUGCGAUAUUGGAAACAUGUUUACCUUUAUGAAUCGAAGGUCUAUGAUAGUUGUGUUCUUCCCUCUGGAACUCGUCAGAAGUUCAGUGUACGUACAGGGAUGAGGGAUUUAAUCAGGAGUCAAGAUGAUGCCGGAGACUACAGAUAUAUCCCUAAGCUCGUCUUCACGUCAUCGCUAAUCAUAGUGUAAACCAGAUAUAUUUUUCUCAGGAAAAGCUAAUUACAUGAAAUUGCCCUUCCUUGUUAAUUACCAAGUAUGACAUGAUGGCUAAAAAACCUUAAUUUCACCAUGACAGAAAACUUGAAUCCAUCAGAUGUUGAGCAAUAUCUGAUCAAGAACCCAGAAUUUCUCAAGACUUACUUAAGUAAGCACGGUGCUCCAGACAUUACACACAGGGAUGGUAGCCAUUCUGAGCCUUCCUCUCCCGAGGUCAAAAUUAAAAGACUCCCUAACUUCACCAGUGGAAGAGGGAAUUCAAUUACAACAUCCAUAUUCAAAAAAUAUGUGGAAGGCAACUUGGAGAGGAUUAAAAAGACAUCCAAAGACAGGAAUCAGUUACUUAGUAUGUCUGAGGAUGAGGUGUUUAUGGAACUUAUUAGGGAUAUUGCUACAGAAUUGGAUGUAAAUGUAUUGUGUCAUAAAAUUCUAAAAAAUGUGAGUAUUUUAACUCGAAGUGAUCGUGGGAGCCUAUUUUUAGUGCGAGGAUCUAAAGAGAAUCGAUAUUUAGUGUCAAAAUUAUUUGAUGUGACAGAAGUGUCCACCAUUAAUGAGAGCUUACACACAGAGGAGACAGAGAUCAUUGUCCCAUUUGGGAAGGGAAUCGCAGGAUUUGUGGCACAGAGUAAAGAAACUGUUAACAUCAAGGAUGCAUAUGAGGAUCCAAGGUUCAACAAGGAUGUGGAUCAGAAGACCGGCUAUCGGACACACAGUAUUCUAUGUAUGCCUAUACUGAAUUAUGAGGGGGAAGUUAUAGGCGUGGCACAGAUUAUCAACAAAGUUACAGGGAACCAUGAGUUUACAAAACAAGAUGAAGAUGUUUUCAGGAAGUACCUCAUUUUUUGUGGGAUUGGGAUAACAAAUGCUCAGCUGUUUGAGUUGUCUGUGCAGGAGUACAAAAGAAAUCAGCUACUGCUUAACCUUGCCCGUGGGGUGUUUGAGGAGCAGACAAGCCUGGAGCGACUGAUACAGAAAGUGAUGCUGGACUCCCAGGACAUGUUGAAAUGUGAGCGGUGUACAGUGUACCUUACAGAGGACUCCACCAGCAAGGACCCCCUCCUGCAUGAAGACAACAACAUUACAGUCAAGGCCAAACCUACCUCCACCAAGGAUGUUUUAUUUUCCAUGGCAUUUGAUUUAUAUGCAAAAGACGGAGGCAAUAUCAGAAUUCCUAGUGCUGCAGAAGUGGCGAAGUCAAGGAAUGCCGAGAUAGCUCGACAUGUGGUGCUGAAGGGAACACCACUCAAUAUUUCUGAAAUUGAAAUAGACAAAUUGUUCGGCAAAGGAGUGGAAUUUGAGGAUGAAGGAUUUAAAACCAAAAAUAUGCUGUGUAUGCCAAUUUUUAACAAUGAAAAGAAAAUCAUCGGUGUUACCCAACUAGUCAACAAAUUAAAUGGUGUUCCAUUCAAUGAGAAUGAUGCAAAUAUAAUUGAGGCUUUUUCUAUUUUUACGGGACUUGGUAUUCAUAAUUGCCAAAUGUAUGAGAAUGCCUGUCGGUUGAUGGCCAAGCAGUCGGUGGCUUUAGAAGUUUUAUCCUAUCAUGCCACCGCUCAACAGGAAGAAACAGACAAGCUAGUGGUUAGCCAGCUUCCCUCUGGUAAGGACAUUGGUCUGUAUACAUUUGAGUUCAAUGACAUUCCUCUGGAUGAACUAGAGACUGCCAAAUGCACCAUCACGAUGUUUACGGAGGCCAAUCUCUUGUCAGAAUUCAAGAUUCCUCUAGAAGUGAUGUGUCGUUGGACAUUAAGUGUGAAGAAAAAUUACAGACCAGUGACAUAUCAUAAUUGGCGACAUGCUUUCAAUGUUACUCAGACAAUGUUUACUAUAUUAUAUACUGGAGGAAUGAUAAAGAAAUUUGAUUCACUGGAGGUGCUAGCCCUACUUGUUGGUUGUUUAUGCCAUGAUUUAGACCACAGAGGAACUAAUAAUGCAUUCCAAGUCAAAGUGGCUUCCCCUUUAGCAAUGCUCUACAGUACAUCUGUUAUGGAACACCACCAUUUUGAUCAUUGUAUUAUGAUUCUGAACAGUGAGGGAAAUAACAUUUUCCAAUCACUAUCACCUACACAGUACAGAAAUGUAAUUAAGAUGUUGGAGCAUGCUAUUCUGUCUACAGACUUGGCUUUGUAUUUCAAAAAAAGAGGUGACUUCCAGAAGCUGGUACAGGAAGGAGAGAUGGAGUACCAAGAGCCGUACAAAAAAGAUUUACUGAAAGCUAUGAUGAUGACUGCAUGUGACGUAGCUGCCAUCACUAAGCCAUGGGAGAUACAAGAGAAGGUUGCUCAGUUAGUGGCAAAUGAAUUCUUUGAACAGGGUGAUAAAGAAAGAAGUGAACUGGGAGAAACCCCUAUGGCAAUGAUGGAUAGAGAAAAGAAAGAUGAACUCCCUAAAAUGCAAGUUGGAUUCAUUGAUGCAAUUUGUCUUCCAAUAUACAAGAUGUUUGCAGAGAUGAAUCAGAAUUUGCGCCCUUUGUAUGACGGUGUCUUGGACAAUAAGAAACACUGGCAAGAGUUAGCUGACAAACAUGAAAGUAAGACAGCAAGGAAGAAAAAUGAUGACGAAACUCCACCUGAGCAGCAAUCUCACAGUCCCGAACAAAAUGGUAUCUCUCAGAAGCCCGAUAUCACAGAACAAAAGAGAAAGGAACAUGACAUGCAAUGUGAGGAGAAAGUUUCUAUACAGGAGUCCAAGAAAACCAAAAUCUGUGUUCUUCUAUGAUGGUUUUUUUCUGUGGGGAAUUAGCAUCCAUUCAAGAGACAAAAAUGGCCAUAUUAAUAUUUACUCGAGUAUUCUUCUCAAAACGAAGUUGUCCUUUAUUACCGGGUAUAAGAUUUUUAUCUUUUUCUUUACUCAGUGUUAUUGUAAUGCUGAUUUAAAUUGAUUAAUAUUGAAAAUGGAACCAAUUUGACAUGACCCUUUCACUACCUUGCAUGUACAUAUAGUAUAUAUGUACAUGUAGUAUACGUUUGUAUUGGAAUAUGAAAAGAUUUGUCUAUGACGUGUAGAAUAAUGCAAAUCUUAACACUGAUGAUUAGGAUCAAUGUUUUAAUACUGUUAUAUCUCUUCUGAAGAGAUAAUAUUAAUUUGUUGUUGGUAUGUCAAUGUCUGAUUCUAGAUGUUAGGAAUACAGUUGACGAAUGAACGACUCAAUUAUACAAUGCACUGUUUCCUUUUGUUUUACGUUGUUAUAUUUCUUAUGGUAGAAAGGGUAGUAAAUACCUGAGUUUUAUAUAUGAAGCUGUGAUAAAAUGUAGUGUUUUUUCUGGUUGGUUCUACCACUAGAAAAACAAAUUCAUCUAGAUAUAACAUUGCAUAAUUAUUUUACGUUAGGUGAACCAUAAGGUGCAUGUUGUAUGCAAAGGCUGUUACGCCACAGUUUCUAUACAUUUUAAUUUUGUAUGUUUUACGCAGCAUUGGAAGUGUAUCGGUAUACACACUUUGAAGAGGAAAACAUUUUAAAUGAAACUGGCAGAUACUUAUUUUAAAAAGUUUUAUAUAUAGUGGCAAACCAUAUUCAGUUUUAUUUAAUGAUUUUUACAAGAGUAGAUGAAAAAAAUACAAGUAUAAUUUUAGAGAUUCAGGAUCAGAGUCAUUAAUAACAAGUUGAGCAUUUUCAAAUUUCAUAAGACAAAAAAGUGAAACAUUUUAUGAACGUACUGAAUACAAAAGAAGGAUUCCUUCUGUCUUUUCUGUAAAAUGGCUAAUGUGUCUAUGUGAUGUAUUUCAUCUUUCAGUAUGUAUUUGUGUAUUAUAAAGCCCUUACUUGAGAAAGUGAAAUGUUUUUAACCGAUGAUAUUUUCUGAUUGAUAUUAUAUAAACAUCAAUUGAUCUGAUGUAAUUAAGCAUUUUACAUUUGAUAUAGAGAUACAAAUGCAACAGUUAUUUAUUUGAAAGUAUUCAUUUUGUUCAUGAUUACGAAACAAAAGAUGCAUUGUAGUUCGAUGUAACGUAUAAUUUAUUUCCAAGAUGUCGAAUUGUUGGUAGUUGUUAUUAACAAUAAAUGGUUGAUAAAGUC